CUGUCUUACUUGUUCCCUUCUUAUAUUUCGUUUCUUUCUAGUUUUCAUUCACACCUUAGCUAGUUUUGGAGAAGCUAGGGUUUAUAGAGGGUUUCCUCCUUCCUCUCUGUAACAAUGGCGAAACCUGGGCGAGGUCGUCGCUCUCCCUCCGGUUCAGUCUCCGGCUCUUCCUCUCGCUCCUCAUCUCCCUCCUCUUCUCGCUCCUCUGGCUCGCACACUCGCUCCCGCUCCCGCUCUCCCUCGCGCUCCAGAUCUUUCUCAUCCUCCUCCUCUCCCUCCCGCAGCUCCCGCAGCCGCAGCCCUCCGCCCCAGAGGCGCAGAAGUCCCGCUGAAGCAGCAGCAGCAGCAGCUAGGCGUGGUCGGUCUCCUCCACCUCAGUCAAAGAGAGCUUCACCUCCCCCAAGGAAACCUUCUCCUGUACGGGAAUCACUAGUUCUUCAUGUGGAAAAGCUCAGCAGAAAUGUCAAUGAGAGUCAUUUGAAGGAAAUUUUCAGUAACUUUGGUGAGGUUGUAAGUGUGGAGUUGGCAAUAGAUCGAGCUGUCAAUCUUCCAAAGGGAUAUGCAUAUGUGCAGUUCAAGACUAGAGAGGAUGCUGAAAAAGCCUUAUUAUACAUGGAUGGUGCCCAAAUAGAUGGCAAUGUCAUCAAGGCAAGAUUUACUUUACCUCCUAGACAGAAAGUUUCACCACCCCCAAAGGCUUCUGUUGCUGCUCCAAAGAGAGACACCCCCAGGACUGAUAAUGCUAGUGCAGAUGUUGACAAGGAUGGGCCAAAGCGUCAGAGAGAAUCACCUCGAAGAAAGCCUCCCUCACCACGGAGGAGAUCUCCUGUACCUCGAAGAGCUGGAUCUCCAAGACGACCAGAUUCUCCUCGCCGCCGUGCAGAUUCUCCUGUUCGUCGCCGAUUAGACUCUCCUUAUCGUCGUGGAGGAGAUACCCCUCCUAGGAGGCGGCCUGUAUCUCCUGGAAGAGGUCGUUCUCCAUCUCCACCAAGACGCAUUAGAUCCCCUGCAAGGGUCUCACCUAGAAGGAUGCGUGGAAGCCCAGGGCGGCGACGUUCACCUCCUCCUCCUCCUCCUCCUCGGCGCCGAUCACCACCACCUAGACGUGCUCGCAGUCCUCCUAGAAGGUCUCCAAUUGGUCAUAGACGCACUCGCUCUCCAUUACGUAGGUCAGCACGUUCAAGGUCGAGGUCUUUCUCACCUCGCAGAGGUAGGCCACCUGUAAGGCGUGGGAGGUCAUCAUCGUACUCAGAUUCACCAAGUCCACGCAAGGUUUCCAGGAGAUCAAAGAGUCGCAGCCCAAGAAGGCCUUUGAGAGGAAGAGGCAGUAGCAAUAGUAGCAGCAGCAGUUCACCACCACCAGCUCGCAAACCAUAGAUAUUUCAUGUACAUCUGUUGUCUCUUCCUGUUGAUGUGUAUUUAUCGAGAUUCUGUAGUACCAGCCGAGUUCUAGCUUGAUGUGAUUGGGGAUAUGUUUACUUUUGUUGUCUAUUAACACAUUUUUUAUUAUUAGCACUCAAUUGUUUUGGAAA